GUGCACCGAAUCUAGGCCCGAGGCGGAUUUGUCGACUAUAAAAAUUUAAAAAAAAAAAAAUUUCACAAAACACGGAAAAAGCUUGCAAGAUCUUCUCCCCUUCUCAAGUAUCAAGCACUUCGCUCCGCCUCCUUGCUACGCUCUCGAAAUCCACGCUUUUCUUCGAGUGCAAAGUUCGACCCCGAUCUAAACAAAAAUGCAAGAACGUGUCUUUAUCAUUGGCCGCUAUUUCUAACAUGACGAACCAUUUAUAUAUUAUGUGCAGACACGUCAACACGCGCAUCUGUCAUUCUGCAUCUCCCACCACUCCAUCUGAGACCAGAUUUCUGAAGAACUGAACGGUUCGAUGACCUCUGACUCCUGAUAGAGAGAGAUACACCCUUCAUCCUCAUACUUCCGCGUCCUACAAUCUUGUAACUCAUCCAGAUCCGCACAAAGAAAAACCUUCCCAUGUCUUCUACUGCGUCGGACUCUCAUGACCAUUCGCAGUCCGAACAACCAACUCGCAAACCCAGGAGAACCUACAGGGAUUAUCCUUCUAACAAUAAGUUCUUUUGUCAUGGCAGGCUAAUUUCUGGUCCAGAUGCCCGAUAUGUUGUCACCACGCUAUUUUGCAUCUUCGCUCCCAUAUCCCUUUAUUUCAGCACGGUCGUCGUCUACUUCAUCAGAGAAAUAGAACUGGGGUACAUACUGAUCCCCUUCGAGGCGCUCCUGCUCAUCUUUAUGUGUUCGGCGCUGCUCAAGACGUCGUGCGUAGAUCCGGGCAUCAUACCGAGACAGCGCGCUCCAAGUGGAGAUGCCUUCAACUUGCCCGCGCCCUACAAGACAAUACAGAUAACCUGUCGUGGCGCUUCUAUCGAUUACCAAUGCAAAUAUUGUGACACUUGCAACCUCUACAGGCCCGUCCGCGCCGUCCACUGCGGAGCGUGCAACUCCUGCAUCGAAAAGUUUGAUCACCAUUGUCCCUGGAUUGGUAAUUGCAUUGGAGCUCGUAACUACAAAUACUUCAUAAUGUUUCUCUUUGCGGCUCUGCUGAAUACAGUAUACGUCCAACUCACAUCGUUGACCGAACUCUUAUACCGAGUGCAUUUGUCAGAAUUCAGAUUAGCCGUUAGGAAUCCUUCCAGCCUCAUCAUAGUCAUAUACUGCACCGUGUGCGAACUGGUCAUUCUCACGCUCCUGGGCUACCACCUUCGCCUCAUCUACCUUGGAGUGACCACGAACGAACAGCUCAAGGGCACGUUCCAAAAAGGGAACCCCUAUAGCCGCGGAUUCUUCUGGAACAUCACGGACGUGUGCUGUUCUUCUACGCCCCCGACAUACGUUUUAUGGAGAGAGAAAAACGCCACCACAGACGCCUAUAGCAACAAGUCCCAAGAAGUGUGAAAAAAAAAAAAAUUUUUUUUAGCAAUUUUUUGCAGGUCUCGGGACGUGAAUCUCUCUCGCAAGAAGUGUUACGCCUCAUUCUUUCGGUUGUUCGACUGUGGCACCUUUUGGGACCCCUGCAACCGCAUGUUCCCCCGCAAUAUCGCAGGCAUGUGCCGCCCUUCCACACCCCCGACGUACGCUUUGUGGAGAGAGAAAAACGCCACCACGGACGAUCGUAGUAGCAGUCAACCCCGAGAAGUGUAAAAAAAAAACAAGAAAGCGAUUUGUAAACGUUAGAAUCUCUCAUGAAACGCCACCACGGGCGAUCGUGGUAACAAUAAACCCCGAGAAGUGUAAAAAAAGAAAAAGAAAA